AUGAACUCAGAUAACGUGCAGGCCAGAACGGUAACGCUGGAAACACUUGAGAAGACAGGGUGGGUAGAAUGGGAAGAGUUUCCUCAAGAAGUAUCGGAUGAUUGGCAUAAAUCACUAGGAAUGGCCGAUGGUCUGAUGAACACGGAGAACGAGUUCCCUUCAGAGUGGGAGCAUUCUCAAACCUGGAAGGACGAUCAGGACAGGAUAAGAAAAGCCACCGGAGGUUCCAUGGGAAACAUUGUCAACGGUGAAGAUGGCUACAUAAUUGCCGGUUCGAACUAUGCGCCCUGGGAGACAAGGACCCCAGAUGUGGAAGACUGGGAGCUUCCCGAUACAAAAUGGACUGACAUCGUGGCAGUUCUGUGGACAAAGAACGCAGCAGGCAGCGAAGUCAAGCGCAUAUACCGGUCCAAGAUUGAGUAUGACGAGUCAAAGGCCCUUAUGGAAACGGCUUUGGAGAAGAUCAAAAAGAGCGGUAACCUGAAUGACCUGCCCAUGUGGCCUGGCACUGAUUUCACGCCGGGAAAAAAUCCCACCAAGACGCCGAUGAGACCCGCAACUGAGGCCUUUAUGGGCUUGCUCGGAUGUUCUCAUGCCGCUGGUCCUGCAUACUUGUUCAUUCAGUACCGGGCCGUUUUUGGCAAGAAGAGAAUUAACAAGAUCAAGAUCUGGAAAUCUGAGAACACAGACAAGAAUCCGAUACUAAACAUGCUGCUUUAUGUUGAGGACGUUCCAUAG